AAGGUUGGGUCAAAAUGUAAAUAAUGGAACAUAGAGGAUGAAAAAAAAAUACGAAGGAAAACUAACAAACAAAUAAAAAAAAGAAAGCUCGAUUCAGUCUGAAACAUGGAGAUAGAUCUCUGAGAAGACCGAUAAGGAGGAAGAAGAAGAAGGAGAAGGAGAAGAACAAAGAAGACGAAGAAGAUGAUGUCCGGUGGUAACUAUACGACUAUAGAUAACCAAAAUGUUUCAGGAUCUGUGCCUGCCGUUCCAGAUCAGGGACAAAUAACCGUUAAAUUCACUGAUUCAAAUCUUCAAACAUUUCCUCCUUCUGGAACUCAAGGAAAGAUCUCUGGUGGUUCCCAGCCUCCUCGAGAUGCUGAUGAUACAUUUUCAAAACCUAUCUCUGGUUCUGAUGAAUCCCCCCAGCAGGGUGGUGGUGGUUGGUUUCGGACCUUCUCAAUUUCUUCCUACAAACAAUAUUUUGAUGUUGAUACAUCAGAUGUUCUAGAGAGGAUCAAAGAUUCUCUUUAUCCAUUUAGAGGAACUUUUAAUGAAAGAACAGCCGACACCCCAGAUUUAUACGGACCAUUUUGGAUAUGUACUACCUUGAUAUUUGUGGCUGCUUCUAUCGGAACGUUUGUGACAUACUUGGCACACAAGUUACAAAAUAAAGAUUGGAACUACGACAUAAAUUUGGUAACCUGGUCCGCUGGUUUGUUCUAUGGCUAUGUCACCAUUGUUCCUGUUGGACUAUAUGUAAUCCUCAAGUACUUCUCGGUGCCGUCUGGCCUCGUUCAGCUCUUUUGUCUCUAUGGCUACUCUUUAUUUGUAUUCAUCCCAGCACUGUGUCUCUCUGUUGUCCCUUUGGAAAUAUUCAGAUGGGUUAUCGCGGGCGUGGCCGGAUUCAUGUCAGCAACAUUUGUGGCACUCAAUCUCCGAGCUCACAUAAAGUCAGCUGGUGAGAGAUGGUUUUUGAUUGUGGCCAGUAUCUUCUUGCUGCAGUUAGCUCUGGCUGUUAUUCUCAAACUAUAUCUCUUCACUGUUACUGUAUGAAACUAAACUUCUCCAUCCCUUUGUUAAACAGAUUGUAGAUUACAAAACAAUAACUUCUUUUGGGGCCAUUGGUCUCUAAUACUUGGCUUGUUUAGCAAAACCAUAUCAUUCGUUAAUUGAAAAACAUCUUAUAUGUUAUAAUAUAAGGUCAAUAGAUUUUACUAGCCUUA